CUUUGAGCCGUGGAAAUGUCUCAUCCACCAACUUCACAGUGUCUCCACCCAUCCAUAUGUUCCAGCGUCUCUGCGCACGCGAAAGCGGCCGGAUAUGAACAACCCACCCUGAAAGAGCGAAUAGCAGCUAUCAACCAUGGGUCAACUUCGAAAUUCAAAUCGAUCAUUGAUACAAUUCCAGGAUCAUACGAAGUCAAUUUCCCAGCGCCUCUGGUCCUCCCAGAGGACGAUCUCGCCCUGGAUCCAGACUAUCCACCACAGAGCUUUCAGGAAUGGUUGGACGAGGAAGAUCGCAACAAGAUCACGCGUGCAAAACGGACUGUUUAUAUAGUCGCACCACCGCAGAUCGAUGAUAAUGUCACACCAUUACGAGGAUGGACGCGUCCACAGAAGUCCCGCUCCCCAGCCCCCUUGACGGCCCCUAGCCCAGAGGAAAUCAAAGACUACAUAGCGGCAUUUUACCACGGUCUACCCGUGAAGCUGCUUCCAAGUCCCGCACUACGCUUUGUCCCCUGGGAGACGGGCCCAAAUCCAAAAAAGAAGACCCCAUCACACGUGGGACUAGAAACUCCAAAAGAAUGUAUCGGCAUCCGCACGCGUCCGUGUCCAGACCGGACGUAUUCGCAUCAACUCAAUCUCGACGACCUCCUCGACGCGGCGAUCAGCAUCCUGCCUAAGGACGCAUACGCCCUGUGCAUGCUGGUCGACCACGACCUCUUCGAAGACGACGACGACGAAUUUGUCUGCGGGCGCGCAUACGGAGGGAGCCGCGUAGCCGUCGUUUCUAGCGCCCGGUACCGUCCAGACCUUGAUACCAUCCACUCUGUCGAGCGCGAACACGCCUGGCCGGCUUCCCAUUGCCAGCGGUAUGUGCAGGAGCGCUGCUCUUCGCAGAAGCCGCCCCGGAAGAAAGCUUCGCAGACAAAGCAAUUCUCGUCGCGCGACGACCGCCUGCUAAAGGAAAUAGUGCAUGUUUCUAGCUUAUCACCUGCUUCUGCUGAAGAAAAGGCACCGCCGGGCCUGUGGCUCGCGCGGAUGUGUCGAACAGUCAGCCACGAACUGGGCCACUGUUUUGGAAUCGACCAUUGCGUGUAUUAUGCGUGUGCUAUGCAGGGUAGCGCCUCACUGGCUGAAGAUGCGCGUCAGCCUGCUUAUCUGUGUCCGGUGGACCUUGGGAAGGUUUUGUGUGCGACUGGUUCUGCGUUCCAGGAACGAGAGCGUGCAAUCGAGGCAUAUUGCGAAAGGCCUGGCAAGAGAGGGGUGCCUUUUUUCGACGCACUGGCUGCGUGGUGUAGGGGAUUUACCAAUGCGAAUUAA